UUAUCAUUUCGAAAUGAUAAUCGACUUGGUGAUGAUUGCCCUCUAUCGAUAAAACGAUUGGUGGUUGGAUGUCGUUAUUUUUUUGUAUUAUAUUUUUUUAGACAUAAACUUGACACAAUCAUGAAUGACCAAAAACAUAACCAACCAAAUGAUGGUGACGAUAUACAAAAACGUUUGGAUCGAAUUAAAAUGAAUGUGAAAAGUUUUCCAGAUUUUCCUAAAUCCGGUAUCAUAUUUCGAGAUAUAUUCCCGUUGUUUCAUGAUCCUAGCCUAAUUGAUGACGUUUUAUACAUACUGAAACAUCAUAUUAAAAACAAUAUAAAAAAUUACGACACUAUUAUUGGCCUUGAAUCUCGUGGAUUUCUAAUUGGUCCAUUAUUAGCUUAUGAACUUAGAGUACCUUUUGUACCCAUACGAAAAGCUGGAAAACUACCAGGUAAAGUGGAAUCAAUAGCCUAUGAAUUGGAAUAUGGUUCAGACAAAUUCGAAAUACAAAUUGAUUCGGUGAAACCAAAUUCCAAUUGUAUUAUUGUCGAUGAUUUACUUGCAACCGGUGGUUCGGCACGUUCGGCCGUCGAAUUAAUUAGAAAAUGUGGCUCAAACAUUGUAAAUGUUAUCGUUUUAAUCGAAUUAAUUGAUCUUAAAGGUCGGCUACAGUAUCCAGAGCCAACAUUUUCAUUAGUAAAAUUUUAAAUAUCGAUUAAAUAAAUUGAAAAAAAUUUAAUUAAAUAGAAUAAAGUUUUUCCAAAGAA